UACCCUCUUCCCUUUCAUCAGAAUCGCAAGAAAAACCAAAACUUGAAGCUCCAAAGCCCAAAUGGAAAACGCAGAGGAAGAGAAGGAGCGCGAUAAUACCCGCGGGUACAACAUAAACGAUAAUCACGACCUUCUCGCCGAGAUCUUCGCCCGUCUUGAUGGCCCUUCCCUCGCUGCCGCCGCCUCCGUUUGCCGUCUCUGGCAUGCGGUGUCCCGCCGGGACACCGUAUGGGAGGCCCUUUUCAACCGCCACGUGGCCGCCGAUUUUCCCGGCACGAGAGCCGUUGUUGCCGCCUUAGGCGGAUACCGGCGGCUCUACUGCCGCUGCGUGGGCCCCAUUGCCGACCGCCUCGCAGUUUCCGGAGAGCAUGCAACUACGACGGAGGCGGCGGCGGCGCGGCUUUCUUUGUCAUUGUCGCUGUUCUCUAUCGACUGCUACGAACGGCUUGGCGACGGCGGCUGGCAACGGCCGUCGUCGCUUCUUUUUUUGAGAAGCCCUGUUGAUGUCUCAUGAUGCUGCAGGGUAAGA